AUGGUUCUCUGUCUAAAGGAGAGUGGGAUAAAAGCAGGCGAUGCAGAAAAACACGUUAGGAGACUUGUAGAACACGAGAAAAAGGAGAAGAUGUUAAAAGCUUUAGGCUUCCUGAAAAAAACCAUAAAAAGCACACAUAAAUGCGAGAUCUGUGGAAAGAUGUACUCCACUUUGUCAAUAUUAAAAGCACACCAAGUCCGCCAUAGGAAAAAAGAGGAUCUGCCGUUUGCUUGUGAGAGUUGCGACUUCCGCGCUGCUUCGAAAAUCGAGCUUUUUAGACAUGCAUACAAACACACCAGCAAACAGAUGUACAUUUGUGAAAUUUGUGGUAGCACUUUCUCAAGGGACACCUGCCUGCGCGAGCAUAUUGAGUAUGUGCAUGUAAAGGCUAACAAGUUAAAAUGUGCUCAGUGUGAUUUUGUGACCUGCCGCCGUGCUUCAAUGCGCAACCACAUACUCACCCACCAAGGAACACGACCUGUGAUUGCCUGCCCUGUGUGUGGAGUGACAUUCAAGUUGAAGUCUAACUUAAAGUCACAUCUCCUUUCGCAUACAAGCCUUUUGGUAGUUAUCAGUUUCCGGAAUGUAACUCGAGGAAACACAAAAGAAUUCGAAGAUACGAUGAUCUCGUACGUAAUUUCGGAAGGCAUUUUCUUAGUUAUCAGUAUCCGAAGUGUAACUUAA